GCGCGGGGUGAUGGCGGCGGCCGCGGCUAUGGCCGCGCUAGGCCGGAGUCUCACGACCGCGCUCCGGCUGCCGCGGGCUCGGCCGGCACUGCCCGGGAUGACACUGAAUCUGUACCACAAGAACCUACCAAAAAUUGAGACACUCCAUCAGGUGAAGUUCCUGCACUCAACUGUAUCUCGGAGAGGUCUGGAGGAGUUUUUUGAUGAUCCAAGAAACUGGGGGGAAAAAAGUGUAAAGUCUGGGGAUUCAUGGAAUAUAAAGCAGCUAAGGGGCAAGAGUAGUGAAGACUUACACAAACUUUGGUAUGUCUUGCUGAAAGAAAAGAACAUGCUCUUAACUUUAGAGCAAGAAUCCAAACGACAGCGCAAGCCUAUGCCAAGCCCAGAACGCUUAGAAAAGGUAGAAACGUCUAUGAAAAAUAUAGACUUGGUUGUCAGAGAAAGAGAAAUUGCUUUGAGGCUUUUACAAACGGGCCAUGAAAAGCCAGUCCCCGGCGAGUGGAGACACGACUUCUUGGGACGCACCUUCUGGUACAGUUACAAGGAAUGGCCAAUACCAUGGCACUUGAACAAAAAACACAAAAAGAAGAGAUUCUAUUACCUACCUCAUGUGAAUCAAUUCAUCAGACUCAGACUUGAAAAAUCCUUACGGAAAAGGGCAAGGCAGCAAAGCCUGGAGAGAACAAGGCAGAAGGUCUUGGAAAGGAAGUUCCCUGACGUUGCUGUGAAAUCCCAGAGCCAGUAACACGCUGGAAGAGCACUGCAAGGUCGAGUGUCUGUGGAACAUGAAUCAUGUUCUGGAACCACAAACUCCACUGAGCAUUCCAGAGAGUCUCCAUCUUUUUCUUUUUUUUUUAAUACCCCAUUUGACUUUAAUUAAACUUGUGAUCUGGAAUUAAAAAGCAGCUUGGGUGCCUAAC